AUGGCUUGUGCCGACCUUCUCAUCAGUGUCACAAGCAUGCCCUUCGUGCUGCUCCAGUUUACCUGGGGCAGGUGGAUGCUGGGGAACAUGAUGUGCAAGCUGGUAAGUUCUUGGGAAGGAGCCGCCUACAGUAUCAUCCACCUCUUGGUGGUGUUUUUGAUCCCAUCCAUCCUCAUUAUCCUCUUCUACCAGAAGGUCAUCAAGUACAUUUGGAGAAUAGGCACAGAUGGCAUGACUGUCAGGAGGACAAUGAAUAUCGUCCCAAGAACAAAAGUGAAGACCAUUAAGAUGUUCUUAAUGUUAAACUCAGUGUUUCUUCUGUCCUGGCUCCCUUUUUACGUGGUACAACUGUGGCACCCGCAGGAAACAGACUACAGAAAGAGCUCCUUGGUUUUCCUGGCCAUCACCUGGAUCUCUUUCAGCUCUUCAGCCUCGAAGCCAACUCUCUACUCCGUGUACAAUGCAAACUUCAGAAGAGGGAUGAAAGAAACUUGUUGCAUGUCCGCCAUGAAAUGUUACAGAAGCAACGCAUACACCAUCACCACCAGUUCCAGGAUAGCCAAAAAGAAUCACGUUGGGAUCGCAGAAAUCCCAGCUCCAGCCAAAACUGUCACCAAAGACUCCAUCUAUGAUGCUUUUAACAGAGAAGCAAAGGAAAAAAAGCUUGCCUGGCCAAUUCAGUCUAACCCCCCAAACACAUUUGUCUAGUUGGCUUUAUUGCUUUGAAAAUUUAUGACGUACCCCUGAACAAGGAGCUUUCUCUCGGUUUUGAACCAAUGUAUAUUUGCAUCUUUUUAACACAACUUUUAGGGAAGAAAAAAAGAUGGUUUAUUUUAUUAAAUGCGUUGAUUUUAA